AUGGCGGCGGGGAGGCCGCCGGCGGGCGCUGCGCUGGUCUUCUCGGGCUGCAGCCAGCAGGACGCGGCGCUGGCCAAGUCCUUCUGGAACUCGGUCACGCUGCAGCCGCCGCUGGAGUCGCGCCUGGUGCCGCGGAGGGAUUCGGACGGCGGCGGCGGCGCGGGCUCGCGGAAGGGCUCCGGGGUGGGCGCGGGGACGCGCGGCUCCCGCGAGGGGAGCCUCGAGCAGCGCAGCGGCGUCGCCCGGCUGGGCUCCCGGCUCGCCGCCCUGCAGAGCCAGAUGUCUUCGUGCGGCUCCAGCCAGGAAAAAGAAGAAGAGCAAGACCUGGAAGAUACUGAUGCUAAGAAAACUGAGGUGAAAGCGCGCUACCUUGAGAAGGCCAGGUCAUCUGCAGGGGAGGGAACCAGAGACCCUGCUACAAGUUUGUUUACUUUCACGAUGUCCUGCGCAGAGUCAGUUUUCAUGAAGCCCUCCAGUCAUGCAGAAGAGAUGGAGGAGAUCUCCUCAGCAUUGAAUCGCCCUCAGAACAGAGACUGA